AUGGUGAAGGAACCUGGUCAAGACAGUGCCGGCAAGGCACUGAGCGCAGACGCACAGAAGAACGCGAAGCAGAAGCAGCAACAUCUUACCCUGGAUUUCACUGAUUCCCUCGAGAAGGAGUUCGGUGCGGCGGCAGUCUAUGGAGAUGGGUCGUUGGAUUUCUCUGUAUUUCAGAAGCUUUAUAAGAAUCAUCCUGAGAAGCUCUUUGAUUAUGUUUGCAAGCGCAUCGAGGAUCUCAAGCAGAUAGUCAUUAAGGCGCGGGGACAAGAUGCAGCCAAGGACUCCAAGUACGAUGAGGAGGUCUCAUCAUGGCAAGAGCAGAAUGCCAAACUGCAGAAGCAGAAGAAGUCUACUAAGCUCCCCGACGGAAAGUGUUUCAGUGGUGGCGACGACCCGAAGUUCGCCUCUUGGUUAAUCAAUAUUGAGAAUAAGUUAGAGAUGAAUGCUAAUCACUAUCUAAUUGUGUUGGCUCAUAUGCAGUACGUCAAGAGCAUAUACGAAGAAGCAGCAGCGGAGCAUCUCGUGCCUCGUCUCCAGAAGGAUUCGCUAGAACGCUACUGUGACGCCAAUGAUAUGAUCGAACACCUCAAGACGAUUUAUCACAAUGCCAACAGUGUCACCAAGGCUAAGCGCGAAUUGCGCCAACUGUACAUGAACGAUACUAAGUUUUAG